UCGCAGAGACAACACGUCUUGAAAUCAUCUACAUCACUGACAACGCGCCUAUAUCGCUCGUUCAAUCUUUACUCAAGAUCUCGUCAAUAUGUCUUCUCAGAGCUCAAACCCGCCUCUCCUCGAUCACAUCGUGAUUCUGGUCCCCCACCAAGUCCUCGCCUCCCUCCCCACCUGGCUCUCAACCGAGUUCACCAUCCUCACAGGCGGCCGUCACGCCGACGGCCUCACAGAGAACAAGCUCGUCAUCUUCGCAGAUGGAACUUACCUGGAAAUCAUCUCCUUCGUCGCGGGCAUCAGCCGGGAAGACCGUCUCAAGCACAAGUGGGGUCCGAAACCGGACGGCACCAUCAUCGACUGGGCCUACUCCCUCAAAGACGAGUCCGGCUUCGCCGAGAUCCAGAAGCGGGUGCACGCCGCGCAGUCGCUUGCCGUGUACGAGGAUCCCGUGCCCGGCGGGCGCAUCAGACCGGAUGGCGAGGAACUGAAGUGGGCCGUUGCGCUCCCGGAUGGCGCGGCCGGAGCCGGAGCCGGAAAAGUGGAGAGGGGUGAGUUGCCGUUUUGGUGCUUUGACCGCACACCGCGGAAGCUGCGUGUGCCGGAUCACGUUCCGGAGAAUGUCAAGCAUCCGAAUGGAUCGCUCGGGGUUCGUUCAGUGUCGCUUGACGUGAGCAGCGAGGAUUUCAAGAAGGCGUACGCUGGCAUCAACGACCGAGCGGCGGAGGAAGGCGGAGAUGGUGUUGGGCGGUGGACGUUUGACGUUCCCGUUCGUCAGUUUGAUGAUCCCAGAUAUCUCAACAUUGAAGCCAUUUCUGGUGAGCAGGGGUCUAGGCAAGCUAUCCGCUUCGCUCUGUAUACCGCCGCAGGUACGACAAAGCGGUCUAUCGGCGGCGAACUUGGCGGGGGCGUCUCUGUUGAGAUUGAUCUAGUUCCCGUGUCCGGUGGAUCCUCCUGAGCGUUCAAACCGAAGUGGUGCGAAGACUUGCGAUACUUCAAGGGGUUUUCUCAGAGAAAAUCACAGGGAGUUGUUUAUAAUCUGCCCUAAUAUGCUGGAUUUACCUUAUCUGAGGUAGAAAGAAAUUCGAACAAGAAUAUUGAUAUCGUACUCUUGACAUGGAUGCGCCUAGCAGCCGAAAACAGCUCAAAUACCGCCCCAGCGACAUCCCUUCAUCCAAAGUUCGAAAUGCGGCAUACCUCCGCAUCAACACUUAUUUCGGUUUUACCGUUUCACGGGGACGGAAGACCAGAAGCCUGAAUCAUCGAUAGGUCCCGAUCUGAAGAACAGCCUUCCUAAGGUCAAAGCUUGAAUGCACCGGCCUCUAGGUCGAGAUAAAGAAUCAUGUAUCUAUCUGGAAGGAAAAGGUCCUCGUAGAGCUUCACCAU